AUGCAAUCGCUGGCGCACCAAGUUCUCAUACCAGAGCCGGCUUGGAAUGUAGAAUCUGCUGCUGGUCAAAUUACCACUGCUGUGGGCCCCGAUCUCACAUUUUUCGAGAAGGUCGAGUGCAUCCUUGCAUCAAAUGUGAUGAAGCUUUGUGCCGCCGGCUGUUUCUACCGUGAGCAUUGUCUAUUCCUCACUGUGGAGCUGAAGAAGAAGAUACUGAAGGAUCCCUUUAUGCGGAGCCGCUACGCACCCAAGUGUGGCUCUGCAGCCUUUCAGAAACUAUCGUCAAUUCGCCCAUCACAUACUUAA